AUGGAUAAGGUCAAUUCUUCAGUGGUGUCUGAGUUUGUAUUGCUGGGACUCUCUAGUUCUCAGGAACUUCAGCUUUUCUUUUUUGUUUUCUUCUCUGUGUUGUAUGUGGUCAUUGUGCUGGGAAACCUUCUUAUUAUCCUCAUGGUGACUUUGGAUAACAGCUCGCACUCCCCAAUGUACUUCCUCUUGGGAAACCUUUCCUUUGUGGACAUCUGUCAGGCUUCCUUUGCUACUCCUAAGAUGAUUGUUGAUUUUCUAAGUGAACACAAGACCAUCUCCUUCAGUGGCUGCAUAGCUCAGAUUUUCUUCAUUCACCUUUUUACUGCAGGGCAGAUGGUGCUUCUUGUCUCCAUAGCCUAUGACAGAUAUGUAGCCAUAUGCAAACCUCUACACUAUGUCAUCAUCAAGAGCCAAAGGACAUGCAUUGUACUGGUAAUGAUCUCGUGGGCUGUGGGCUUGGUGCACACACUCAGCCAGUUAUCAUUUACUAUGAAUCUGCCUUUUUGUGGACCCAAUGUAGUAGACAGCUUUUUUUGUGACCUUCCUCGAGUGGCCAAACUUGCCUACCUGGAUUCUUACAUCACUGAAAUACUCAUUGUGGUCAAUAGUGGAAUCCUAUCACUAAGCACUUUCUCUCUCUUGGUCAGCUCUUACAUCAUUAGUCUUGCCACUGUCUGGUUUAAGUCUUCUGCUGCAAUGGCCAAGGCAUUUUCUACUCUAGCUGCCCAUAUCACUGUAGUAAUAUUAUUCUUUGGACCUUGCAUAUUCAUCUAUGUGUGGCCCUUUACCACCUACCCUGUGGAUAAAGUUCUUGCCAUAUUUUACACCAUUUUUACUCCCAUUCUAAACCCCAUUAUUUACACACUAAGGAACAGAGGUAUGAAGACUGCCAUGAGGAAAAUUAUGAUGUAUUACUUGAGGCCCAAGAAAAUUUCUGAAAUGCCACUAGUACUGAGGAAUUCCCUUUAG